CCGAGUAUACAGUCUCUGUCUCUCUCUCUCUCUCUCUCUCUCUUCGACUGUCUUUCUAUCUACCUGAUGAGCUUUGUGUUUUGUUUCGGUGACGUCAGUUUUUGAAAGAACGGAACGGUGGGAUGUGUGCCGAACGGUUUUUGGUGUUUUAUCUCUUAUUUUUUCCUCGUUUUUCGAUUGUCAACUUGCUCCCUUUUUAGCGCAGUGUCCUGGACAAAUGGUACGGGCUGAUUUGAUUCCUUCCCUCGUGUUAUGUUUACAUUUUUGCCUGCAGCUCCAAUGCGAAUAGGACACUCGGGCUGGACUGGGGUGUUUUAUGAAUGAACGGCGAAUGCGAAUAUAGAAGAACGUGAAACUCUUCUACCUUGUUCUGUUGCUGGAUCCACAGAUACGAGGGAUUAGAGUGCUCGACCUUCAUUGCGGAAAACCCUCUCUCUGCAGACUAAUGUGAAAGCUUGCCAUUGAACUACGUGCCUGCGAAGCUUUGCCUAGCCAAGAGGCGAGGUGACCAUGUCGAUCCACAUCGUGGCCCUGGGGAGUGAGCGUCCGGGCCUGGGGGAGGAGGGGGGAGGGCAGAUCCAAGGUGGCCUCCUGUGGAGCUACUUGGGACGGAGCGCUGUGGCUGGGGCGCGGGAGCUUUUGGAGGGUGCAGACGGCGGUCUGCUGAACUCGACGGCGGCCACCCGGCACCCCCUGAACCCGGCCUUCGUUGAGUACCAGGCACGGAUGUUUGGGGACGUCAGGGUGGUGGUGCAUGACUGCCCCAGCUGGGACCUGCUGGACAGAGACUGGGUGGCCACCCGGGGUGUGCUGGAGCAGGCCGACAUCCUGGUCAUCAAGUACUCGGUGAACGACAAGCUCACCUUUCAGCAGGUGCGGGACACCUAUAGCCCCCGCAUCCGUCCCCUGCUACGUCACUGGGCUGUCCCCGUCAUCGUGGCCGCUGUGGGGGCGCGUCUGAAUGAGGAGGGACCCCCCUGCACCUGCCCACUGUGCGCCUCAGACUGGAGCAGCUGCGUCCCCCACAGCGAGGGCUUGCAGCUGUCCCGGGACCUGGGGGCCACCUACCUGGAGCUGCCCUCGCUCAACGACUUCUUCGUGGGGCGUUACUUCGGAGGAGUGCUGGAGUACUUCAUGGUGCAGUGUCUGAAGCAGAAGGCCAAAGAGAGGCCAGACAAGAGGAGGAGCCACAAGGCCAGCGAUCUCCGCCCACCCCAGCUAGAGCAGCCAGCCCGGCUGCCGGCGGUGAGGGUGGAGGAGUCCCACUUCGCCCAGGACAUGCAGUGGCUGCUGGAGCGCGGCGUGCAGUUCGCCGACGUGGCGUUUUACGCCGGGGAUUCUGGGAAGGAGCUGGGGUGGGCGCACGCGGCGGUGCUGUGCGCGGUCAGCCCGUACUUCAGGCAGCUGCUGCUGGGGGGCCAGGCCCGCGAGAGGCCCGUCUCCCGCUGCGCCUGCCGGGAGGCCUCCCAGAGCCUCCUCUCCACGUGGGACGGGGGCAUGGACGACCCUGCGCGCCCAGAUGGGCACCUCUCCGGACGCCUCUCUCGGCUGGUGGUGAAGGACCCGCUCCUCUGCGUCUGCCUGUGGGAAAUGCUGAGGUUUCUCUACAGAGGGGCCUCUGAGUGGAAACAGCUGCAGGACGCCGCAGGGGAGAAGCUGAAGAACUCGCUGGCCGUGGCGGAGCUGAUGGACCGGGUUCGCUCCUUCCUCGCCCGGGAAAAGGGUUCUAGAGACACACUCACCCCCCGCUCCUCCCAGCAAUCCCCCCAUUACCUGGGAAACCUCUUCAACUCGCCUCUCUGCUCGGACGUCAUCUUCAUGGUGCAAGGUAGUGUACUGCCAGCCCAUAGGGCCGUGCUUGUGGCACGCUGUGAUGUCAUGGCUGCCAUGUUCAGCGGAAAAUACGCAGAGGCCAGGAGCCGUGUGGUGCCCAUUCACGGCGUCUCCUCCGACACCUUCCUGUCCUUCCUGGAGUACCUCUACACUGACACCUGCUGUCCGGCCAGCGUGCUUCAGGCCAUGGCCGUGCUGGUCUGCGCAGAGAUGUACCAGGUGAAGCGCCUGCAGCACCUGUGUGAGGUGUGCGUCUGCGCAUACCUGCAGAGCAUGCCGAGCAGAGAGCUGGCCUCCACGGGCAUCAGCGUGGUCAGGCUGCUCCGCAGGGCCAAGUGUCACAACGCAGACCAGCUGUACGUCUGGCUGCUGCACUUCAUUGCCAACAAUUACCUGAUCUUCAGCCACAAACCGGACUUCCUGGAGCUGUCAGGUGAGUGGCGUCAGCCCCCAAUCCAAUCAGACCGUGACAACCAUGUAGCAGUGCAGCUGGGUUGCUGACUGAUGGCAAGGUCAUAGGAUAAUAAUGCGAAGAUCCAGUUUGGCUGUAACACCAUCAGCAAUGGAAAUGUAAGCACUGAAAGACACUCUGUCAAAAAGUGCUAGUCAAAG